AUGUCAGCUUCUGCAGGUCAGUACUAUUCAAACCAUAGUAUUACCGGCACAAUAGUACUCAUCCUCACAAUGCUAUUCUUGGUAUAUCAAUACUUUGCACACAAGCGGACUAUUCACAUGAUACUACUCUGGCAAUAUCGAAAAUCCAAGCUAAGAAGUUAUUUUCACACAAGCGUAAUCUAA